AUGAGACGACUGCCAUCCACCGGUGCAUCCCUUUCAUUGCAGCUCCGUCAUCAGCCGUUGGGACUUCGGCGAGAUGAAAUCGACUCAAUGACGACAACAUCCACUCCAUCUCAUCGACCGAGGACUUACCUGGAAAACCACCGCCAGAUCCUGGCCUUCCUCAGCGGCAGCCCUUCUUCGGUCCCGCACACACCCAAACAAACACACACUCAACUCCGCAACCGGCGCGAUAGGCAGCAGUUGUGGGCGACGCUGGUGGAUGGCACUGAGGAAGCGACCGAUCUGUUCCAAUUUAGUGAAGCCAUGCCCGUUCAAAUGAUACAGUGGCUAGAUACGGCGACUGCAAGCGGCAGCGAG